AUGACGCGCCGGGCCCUCGAGCUCCUAAACCUCAAGACGCCCUCGCUCAUCCUCGACGUCGGCUGCGGCAGCGGCCUGUCGGGCGAGAUCCUGUCGGCCGUCGACCCCUCGGACGGCGGGCCUCACGCCUGGAUCGGCAUGGACGUGUCCCCCUCGAUGCUGGACGUGGCCCUGCAGCGCGACGUGCAGGGCGACCUGCUGCUCGCCGACAUGGGGCAGGGCGUGCCCUUCCGCGCGGGCACCUUCGACGCCGCCAUCAGCAUCUCGGCCGUCCAGUGGCUCUGCAGCGCCGAGACGAGCGACACCUCGCCCGCCGGCCGCCUGGCGCGCUUCUUCAACGGCCUGUACGCCGCCCUCCGCCGCGGCGGCCGCGCCGUCUGCCAGUUCUACCCCAAGAACGACGCCCAGCGCGCCAUGAUCACCCAGGCCGCCGUCAAGGCCGGCUUCGGCGCCGGCAUCCUCGAGGACGACCCGGGCACCAAGAACGUCAAGCUGUACCUCGUGCUGACCGUGGGCAAUGCCGCCGUGGCCGGGGGCCAGGGCGAUAUCACCGGCGUCGUCGCGGGCCUGGACGACGUGGACAUCUUGGAUGCGAGGCGGAGGGUCAAGACGGGCGCCGGGCCCUUGAGGAAGGGCAGCAGGGCGUGGAUCGUCAAGAAGAAGGAGCAGCUGGAGCGCAAGGGCAAGGUUGUCAAGGCUUCUUCCAAGUACACGGGUCGCAAGCGCCGUCCGGCCUUUUAG